UUUUCUGUAAGCUUCUGGUCAAAAGAAGGAACUCAUUUCUCAUACCAGUCAACAUUCACAAAACUGGGCUUACUGGUUCAAAAAAAUGGAAAAUAUUGUUGACCUUGGAAACUACACGCUAAAUUUGCAAGUGGUGUUGAAUGAAAGUAAUGAAGACACUUGUGCAGGAAUCCCUCUUCCAUCUAAAACAUUUAAAUUUCGUGUAAUAGAAGGCAAAGCUCAGAAGUUUACAAUAGGUAAUUUGGACCUUCCAUUUCGGAUAGGGCAUCCAUUCAGUAUUCCUCUAGAUUUCCAGGAUGAAUUUGGACAUAGGACUCAACUGAUGGAAGAUAUUAAACCAGUCCUUGAAGCAAG